AUGUCCCACCAAACUUGUGCCCUGUCGUCCAAAAGCCCAUCUAUUGUAUUGAUCGGGUCACGGGGAUGUGGAAAAAGAACACUGGCGUUUAUUGGAGCUCUUCACUUGAGGAAAAGGCUUGUCGUCGCAGAUCGGUAUUUUGAGACUGUUACAAGCUUAUCUCGAAUCGAGUACCUCCAAAAAUAUGGAGAAAGCGCCUUACAGCAACGGACAGUGGAAGUUGUCUUGAGUAUGCUCCGCGAGAAUGAUACAGACUGUGUCAUAGAAUGUGGGCUGGGAAGCCUCAGUACCGAGGUUCAACGAUUUCUCACCCAAUACAAAGCAACUCAUCCGGUCAUUUACAUUAUGCGCCAUUUCGGCGACAUCAAAAAACUGCUCAAGCUAGACGAAUCUAAUGCAAAACGGCUCGAGGAAACUGAUUCAAAACACCGAUCCUGUUCAGAUUUUGAAUACUACAAUAUCUUUGAUCCUGGCGCAAGAUCUCAAAGCAUGUCGGAAAUCGCCUCGUCUUCUCCUCAGCAUCUUAAGCAGGCAAGGGUCGAUUUUUGCCAUUUCUUAAACCUCGUUUGUGGACCCGAUAUCGACUUCAUCUCGAAUCCUCCAAGUCCAUUUGAGGUUGCAUUCGAGCCAGUGGAGAAUCGUCCAUUUAGUUAUGCCCUAGCAAUAAAGCUCUCCGAAUUGUGCCACGAAACCUUCGACCACAAUCUACUCGAGGCGGGUAUUGAUGCUAUACGUUUGCUCGUCGAUACCAACGAGGGCUAUUCCUUGGAGCUGAUAACCGAGCACAUUGCAUUUAUCCGUCGAACAAUACAACUUCCUAUCGUUUAUGAGGUGAUCGGAUUUGAUACUUUUCAACACGAAGAGUCUGCUGCCUUGCAGAACGAUUAUGUGCAACUGGUUCACCACGGGAUUCGCAAUUGUGCAGAAUAUGUGGUGGUCAAUAUUGAUAUUGAAGAACCGAUCUUGCGGGGGUUGAUUUCUCAGAAAAGACGAACGAAGAUAGUCGGCUCCUUCCAUGAUCAAGAUCCUGCUCAACAUUCGUGGCAUACACAACCCCGGUUGGACAAGUAUCGACAUGCUCAAAAUCUGGGCUGCGAUCUUGUUCAAUUGACUCAAGUUGCAACAAGCAGAGACGACAAUGAGGAACUUGUCGCCUUUUUUUGCUCCAUCUCUUUAUUAUCAGACCCGCGUCUUCCCCUUAUUGCCUACAACCUCGGGCCACUGGGCAAGAGCUCCAUGGUCUUCAACAAAAUCUUGACACCGGUCCGCCCAGCAACACCGCUAUCAGAUUUCGACGGCAGCUUCAUCACGGCCCAAACAGCCAUGAAAGGCCUGUUUGCAACAUUCGUUCUCGACCCUCUAAAAUUUUACCACGUUGGAGCAUCUGUGUCGUGGAGUCCAUUCCCGCCUGCCAUGCAUACCGCUGCUUAUCAAGCGUGUGGCCUCGAACAUUCAUAUCAAAUAUUUGAGACACACUGUCUCGAGAACAUAGAAACGAUUAUUCGGGACCCAAAUUUUGGCGGUGCGAGUGUCAGUCUACCCUUCAAAACAAGCAUCAUGUCCUCCAUCGAUAUCCAAAGUCAUCACGCCAAGGCGAUUGGUGCUAUCAACACACUUUUGCCUCUUCGCGAGUCUCCUGGAAAUGAGUCAUUUUCCGCAGAAUACCAAGCCUCUCAACGUAAUAGGGCUGGCCGAGUGAUUGGCUGGUACGGCGACAACACCGAUUGGUUGGGAAUCUUCGAGUGUGUUCAUCGAAAUCUGUCUCCGAGAAAUGCGAUUCAACCUUCAAAAACGACAGCACUGGUCAUUGGAGCAGGUGGAGUUGCUCGGGCGGCUGUUUAUGCCUUGAUCAAAUUGGGAUGUCGGAAGAUUUUUAUAUUCAAUCGCACAUCGCAGCACGCCAACCAGAUGGCAGAGCACUUCAAUUCGUGGGCUCGAAGUUUGUCGUCGAAUUCCGCUACUGUCAGUGUGAUAGGCUCGAUCGAUGAUCCUUGGCCUUCCGGUCUGCAACCAGCUACAAUAAUCGUCUCCUGCAUUCCUGCACACAGUAUAGAUGGUCAACCACCCGCGAAUUUUACACUUCCAGAGUCAUGGAUUCAAAGCAAGUCUGGAGGAGUUGUGGCUGAUCUUGCAUAUCGGCCGUUAGAGACCCCUCUUUUGAAACAGAUUCGCCACCUGAGAGCAACGACUAAGAUACCUUGGAUUACUAUUGAUGGUCUCGAGAUGUUGGCAAUACAAGCCAUCCAUCAAUUUGAGUUGAUGACAGGAAGAAGGGCUCCUCGAGCAGUGAUGAAGAGUCAGAUUACCAGAUUUAUGAUAGAGUAA